ACGUGUGUUGCUGUCAAGAUGGCGUCUCCGAAUGGAGGUGAGGACUUUGAGUCCUCUUUGCUGAGCUAUGAAAAACUUGAUCGAGCUUCACCUGACUUGUGGCCAGAGCAGUUGCCAGGGGUUUCUGAAUUUGCUGCCUCUUUUAAAAAUCCAAUUACAAAUUCUCCACCCAAAUGGAUGGCAGAAUUGGAGUCAGAAGAUAUUGAAAUGUUGAAAGAGCUUGGAAGUUUGACCACAGCUAACCUGAUGGAAAAAGUUAAAGGGCUACAGAACCUGGCAUAUCAGCUGGGUUUGGAAGAGUCCAGAGAAAUGACAAGAGGGAAAUUCCUCAACAUCUUGGAGAGACCCAAAAAAUGAAGAAUGUGUGAGGAAAUUGUUGGUGUCUGGUAUUCUGCUCCGGGCAGAACAUGUAUAACAUGAUUCUAUAGCAGUGACAGAGUCCAUUAACAUCUGUUGAUUGCUUAAAAUUAGACAUAAGGAAUUGAUAAAUAUACUGUUAAAAAUGCAAGUUUUGUGUGUGUGUAUG